GUGGGGUCCCCGCGCCACGGCCACCCGAGUGCGCGGGGUCGCGCUUCUCGCUUCUGGCCGCGGGUGCCGGAAGGUCCCCGGGCCGGAGCGCCGCCGCCCCCCGCUUGACGCGUCGAGGGGCCGGGACGCGAUUUGCCGCAAACGACUGGAGCAGCGGUGGCCGCCGCCCGGGCCCGCUCCGCCCCCUGCCCGCCUUCCUCCCGCCUCGUCCUCUGCCUCCGCCUGCGCCUCCUCGCGUCCCCGCGUCCUCCCCACCGCCCGGAGCCGCCGGCCGCCUGCGCCAGCACCGACCAGGUGAGUUAGUGAGGAAGUUUACUGGACAGCAAUGGAAGCCUCAGUAAUACUACCCAUUCUGAAGAAAAAGCUAGCUUUCCUUUCAGGAGGAAAGGACCGACGAAGUGGCCUCAUUCUGACCAUCCCACUAUGCCUUGAACAGACAAAUAUGGAUGAAUUGAGUGUCACAUUAGACUACCUACUCAGCAUCCCAAGUGAAAAGUGUAAGGCCAGAGGAUUCACCGUAAUUGUGGACGGCAGAAAAUCACAGUGGAACGUGGUGAAAACAGUCGUCUUAAUGCUACAGAAUGUUGUUCCAGCUGAAGUGUCCCUUGUUUGUGUUGUGAAGCCAGAUGAGUUCUGGGAUAAGAAAGUGACACAUUUCUGUUUUUGGAAAGAAAAAGAUAGACUUGGCUUUGAGGUUAUUUUAGUGUCUGCCAAUAAAUUGACUCGUUAUAUAGAACCAUGCCAAUUAACAGAAGAUUUUGGUGGGAGUCUGACCUAUGAUCACAUGGACUGGCUAAACAAGAGACUGGUUUUUGAGAAGUUUACGAAGGAGUCUACAUCUUUACUAGAUGAACUUGCUUUGAUUAACAAUGGAAGUGAAAAAGGAGAUCAGCAAGAGAAAGAAAGGUCCGUGGAUCUAAAUUUCCUUCCAUCAGUUGAUCCGGAAACAGUUCUUCAGACAGGGCAUGAAUUGUUAUCCGAAUUACAGCAGCGUCGAUUUAAUGGCUCCGACGGAGGGGUCUCAUGGUCUCCUAUGGACGAUGAACUGCUAGCACAGCCGCAGGUCAUGAGAUUAUUAGACUCACUGCGAGAACAAUAUACCCGCUACCAGGAAGUUUGUAGGCAGCGAAGUAAGCGGACACAGUUAGAAGAGAUUCAGCAGAAGGUAAUGCAGGUUGUGAACUGGCUUGAAGGGCCCGGAUCAGAACAACUAAGAGCCCAGUGGGGCAUCGGAGACUCCAUUAGGGCUUCUCAGGCCUUACAACAGAAGCAUGAAGAGAUUGAGAGCCAGCACAGUGAAUGGUUUGCAGUAUAUGUCGAACUUAAUCAGCAGAUUGCAGCUCUCUUAAAUGCUGGUGAUGAAGAAGACCUGGUGGAACUGAAGUCGCUGCAGCAACAACUUAGUGAUGUUUGUUACCGGCAGGCCAGUCAGCUGGAGUUUAGACAAAACCUCUUACAAGCAGCUCUAGAGUUUCAUGGCGUUGCCCAAGAUUUGUCUCAGCAGUUGGAUGGCUUAUUAGGGAUGUUGUGCGCAGAUGUAGCACCAGCUGAUGGAGCGUCAAUUCAGCAAACUUUAAAACUGCUUGAAGAGAAGCUGAAAAGUGUUGAUGUAGGAUUGCAAGGUCUGCGUGAAAAAGGUCAAGGUCUUCUGGAUCAGAUCUCCAAUCAGGCAUCCUGGGCAUAUGGGAAAGAUGUAACCAUUGAAAAUAAAGAAAAUGUGGACCACAUACAAGGAGUGAUGGAAGAUAUGCAGCUAAGGAAACAAAGAUGUGAAGACAUGGUAGAUGUGCGAAGGUUAAAAAUGCUCCAGAUGGUGCAGUUGUUUAAAUGUGAAGAGGAUGCUGCCCAGGCAGUAGAAUGGCUAAGUGAACUUCUGGACGCUCUGCUUAAGACGCACAUCAGACUGGGUGAUGACACUCAGGAAACCCAAGUUUUACUGGAAAAGCAUAGAAAAUUUGUCGACGUCGCACAGAGCACUUACGACUACGGAAGGCAGUUGCUACAAGCCACAGUGGUGUUGUGCCAGUCUUUGCGCUGUACUUCUCGGUCAUCUGGGGACACGCUUCCUCGCCUGAACAGAGUAUGGAAACAGUUCACAAUAGCAUCUGAAGAGAGAGUACAUAGGUUGGAGAUGGCUGUUGCAUUUCACUCAAAUGCUGAAAAGGUUCUGCAAGAGUGCCCAGAAGAGCCUGAAGCUAUUAAUGAUGAGGAGCAAUUUGAUGAAAUUGAAGCAGUUGGGAAAUCACUUUUGGACAGAUUAACCGUUCCUGUCAUUUACCCUGAUGGAACUGAACAGUAUUUUGGGAGUCCAAGUGACAUGGCCUCAACUGCAGAACAUAUCAGAGACAGGAUGAAACUAGUUGGUCUCAAAAGGCAACAGCUGAGACUUCCUGAAAUGUUGACCACAGAGAGCUAAUAGCGACUAGACUCCCAAGACCUCCAGUUCAUAACCCCGCAUGUUGACGGCAAACUACGACUGCAGUAGCCACAACACGUUAAGAUGCAUUUCACAAGCAGGAUAAACCUCAUUUCGUCCUCUUACACAUUUCUCUCUACAUAGUAAUACCUUGCAACUACCAAGGCAUGCUUUAUGAUCAUCGAUUCCAAGUAUCUUAAAAGAAGGAACUGUAAACAUUGCACUGAAACUUGCUUUAAAGCUUUACCUGACCUGUCAGUUUGUAGGUGAACAAACUGAUGAGAAGCUUUGAUUGGUGCUAAUAAGAGUUUAGGAGUUCAAUAUAAAAAAAAAAGUGGUUGCCCUUCAUUCCCAGGCGAGGUAGUAAAUUUAGACUGUAGUUAACCUGUUACUGGGAGACAACAAUGUCCUCAAAUUUUUGCUUUGUAAUUCUUUAAAAUUAUUUUUAUUGUUUCACUAUGAAGAAAACCCUUCAGAUCUUUGAUAUAUUCAUUAAAAGACACUUUCCUACUUAUAUGGAUAAUGUAUUAAAGGUUGUUUGUGCUUAAUAAAAAAAUAUCCCUCUGAAACAUUUUAUUUAAUUUGGUGGCUAUAUCCAGUUUCCAGAGUUGAGUGCCUUAUUUAAAAGGGCAUUCUUAGAGUUGUGAAGAUAAUAUAAUAUUUGUUUUUUAUUUCAUGUUGUUUGCAUGUGUUUUAGCCAGGAAAUUCAUAUGUAAGCAUGUGUAUAUAUUAAAUAGGCAUGUUUUAUAAUGAAAAAAGUUGUGAAGAAUAAAUUAGAUCUUUAAGAACUUGUGAAUAAUGGAAUACUAUUUCUAACUUUUGUCUUCAACUUGAACAUUAUGCAAAUUAUUAACUAACCUAAAAAUACUUUGUCUUUGGGAGAAGAGGGCUAGAGAUGAAGGCAUACAUAAUUACUUACAUGUAAUCCUCUGUAUGAGAAUAAUCUUCCGGAAACUAAAAUAGCAACUGUUAAUAAGAUUUACUUUAUCAUGAUAGACUAGAUGCUAAAGAAAAUUUCAAGUAGUUAAAAAAACUGUACAACUCUUUUAAAAAUACAAUUUAUAAAAUACUAGUACUUUUUAAGUUUAUAUUGAGUUUAAAUGUUAAAAUACAUAUUUAAUUUCAUGUUAAUUUUUAUUUCAUAAAAUUGUUUUAAAAAUUAAAAAUAAUUUCAUCUUGUGAUCAAUACAAAAUGAUGUGAACAACUGUA